UCGCGACGAGGCGCGCGCGGCUGAACGGCGCCGCUGCCGGCCCGCGGCCAUGCCCAAGCGGGGCUGUCCGUUCGCGGACGCGGCCCCGCUGCAGCUGAAGGUCCGGGUUGGCCAGAGGGAGCUGAGCCGCGGCGUGUGCGCCGAGCAGCACUCGCGGGAGAUUUUCGAGAAAACCAAGCAACUCCUGUUCCGCGGGGCUCAGGCCCACAUGGACCACGUGUGGGAGGAGAGCUGUGCCAUCGUUGACCUGCCGGAGUCCCCGAAGCCCGGCCCCACGGAGGCCCUCCGGGCCGCACGGGGGCAGAUGCUGAUUGGACCAGACGGCCGGCUGACCAGGAGCCAAGCCCAGGCCGCUGAAGCCGACCUGUCCGGGGCCGCGACCAGAGCCUGCUCCUCCUGUGUGCGCGCGCUGGACGGGACGGCAGUGUGCGGCCAGUGUGAGCGCGCCCUCUGCGGACGCUGUGUGCGUGCCUGCUGCCGCUGCGGGGCCGUGGCCUGCAGCCUGUGCGCCCUUGUGGACUGCGGGGACGUUCACGAGACGCUGCUGUGUGCCAGCUGCGCCAUGUUCGAGGCCUGAGGCCCAGGGCGGAUGCCAGCUUUCCGGACGGGCCGCACGGGCGCUGCUGCUGCUGCGGAGCUGGGGGCCGG